AUGAGUGUGAACGACGAAAAUAGUUACCAAGCAGGCAACCCAGCAGAUGAUGCUUUUCAUCGAGACGAUAUUGAUGAUAUUAAUAGUGUGUACAACCUUGCCCAAGUGAGUGAGAUAGAUGCAAGUUGCAUCCCACAAGCAGACAGAAAUGCAACAUUUGAAGUAACUAGCACAACACUCCGUCUCAUACAUUCAAGAGGUUUAUAUGGAGGGUCAGAGCAUGAGGAUUCGUAUGAACAUAUACGAAGCUUCAUAGAAGUGUGCACCCCUCUGUCAUUCAAAACUCUAUCGCAAGAAUGCAUACGGCUGCGCUUAUUUCCAUUAUCAUUUACUGGGGAAGCCACUAAGUGGUUGAUCGAGCUUCCAAAGAACUCCAUCAAGUUGUGGGAAGAGAGUGAAGAACCAAGGAGAUAUUGCCACGAUUGGGCUGAGCAAGAUGACCAUGAGGAAGACCGUACCCAAUUGAGUGAAAGCCCAAAAUCAAAAGGGAGCGCAAAUAGUCCUCAGGUAAAUGAUCUAUUUUCACGCAUGCUUGAUAAAGUUGAGGGCUCUGAUGAUCUGCUAAAAAGAAUGAAAGAUGACUUUUCAUCACUAAACAGUAAAGUGAAUUCGCAUGUUGAUGCCAUCAGAGCACUAGAAGGUCAAUUGAGUCUAUUAUCAGCUCAAUUAACAUCCAGGACACUGAUGAAAUAUAAUGAAAGAGGGCUGGUUGUGGUCACCCGUAGUGGAAAGAUGGAAAAAGGGAAUGUGAUGGAGGAUGAGGACCUUCGAAUACAGGAAGAGAGCCAGGGUACAGAGGAACUAGAAUUGCAUAUUCCACAAAACCUUGCCAAAGAACCACAAGAGGAUGCAGAGCAACAUGUUCAGAUUCCAAAAGUCACGCACCUUUUACCCAGAAUACCUCCACCAUUUCCUCAACUGGAAGAAUUGUUAGAAAUGCCAGGAUACGCCAAAUUCAUGAAAGAGCUGAUUACAAAGAAAAUGAGCUUGGAGUAUGAAACGAUUGAGGUACAUAGUUGCAACGUAAUUAUGACAAAUGAGUCAAUCACCAAGAGAGAAGAUCCUGGGGCAUUCACAAUCGCGUGCACAAUUGGCAUGCUCCAAUUCGCUAAAGCUUUGUGCGAUUUAGGAGCAAGCAUUAACUUGAUGCCCUAUGCAAUAUACAAGCAACUUGGUUUGGGUGAACCAAAGGCAACCACAAUCAGACUCUUUAUGGAUGAUCGAUCAAUCAAACACCAUGUAGGGAUACUUCAUGACAUAAUGGUAAAAGUAGAUCGGUUUAUCUUUCCAACUAAUUUUGUGAUUCUAGAUUGUGAGAUCGAUACUGAAAUCCCCAUUAUUUUGGGAAGGACAUUCUUAGUUACUGGAAGAGCAUUGGUAGAUAUCGAAGGCGGGAAAUUGAAGUUCCGUGUGAACGAUAAUGAGGUGACCUUCAAUAGCUGCAAAUCCAUGAAGCAACCAAGUAACAUCCAUGUGGUGUCCACUGAGGAUGUUAUAGAUGAAGCAGUGGCAAGUGUUAGCCAUUUAAUGUGCAAGAAUGAACCCCUUGACUCUGUACUUGCCAAUUAUGAGGAAUCCAAAGUUCAAGGAUAUGAGGAAGUGGUGGCUGCCUUAUCAGGAUUAGGAGAGUAUUCAAGGAAUCCAAUCAAGUUGGAUAUCGACCUGAAAAACAGAGAAAGUCCUCCUGCGAAUCCAUAA